GGGGGACGGUUCUUUCGCACUCAAUUCACUGGGCCUGUAUCCUCAAGGUGAAACAUUCACCUAGUCACUUCUGACUGGGUUGCUGGGCUGUAAAAUCCCCCUCCUCUCAUCCUCGAAUCUCUUCUUCAUCCUUCCAUCUCCCAUCCUCCACCUUCUUCUCAUCCUCCACCUUCUUCUCAUCCUCCACUUCUCAACCAAACCCAUCCAUCCACAAAGCACCAAUCCCAGCAUCCAACAGCACCUUCACACUACCCCAAUACACUUUCAUCCGUCCGUGACAAGAUGAAGCUCCACCCUCUCUGGCUGCUCACCCUCCUAGUCACCCUGGUGACCUCGACCGCCAUCAAGGCAGGCUGCGACUGCGCCCUCGCCGCCAGCACCGACAGCAACAACGACCAGGUCUCCCGCGAAUCCGUCCUCACCUAUAUGAAGUGCAUGCACGGUUGCACUGAGCACGCGUCCAUCAAGAAAGCCCUGGACGGGUAUAUCAGCCUCUACACUCGUGACAAUGUCGUGACCGAGCCAGCCGCCUCCGCCCCUGACACCGACAUCGAUGCCUUCUCUCCUGACGCUGGUGUCGAUAUCGAUGAUGGUAAUGAUAUCGACAUCGCUUCCAUCGAGGCGUACGCUCUCGACAGUGACGAGGACGAGGACAUGGACCUUCUGGAUGAUGCUGAUGCCGAUACCUUCGACACCACCUCGAUGGAAGAAGACAACAUCAUCCCCGACCCCGCGAACACCAACGCCACCAACACAACCACCCUUCUAGCAACCCGCAUCGCGCCCCCCGCCGCAGACGGCGAAAUGUCCACCCAGGACCGCAAAUGCCACCGUCGCUGCCGCCGCACCAAGGAUUGCUGUCACACCGACAUCUGCUACUCCGGGGUGUGUCUGGGCCCUGGCAAGUCGCCUUAGCUUUCGGACAACUUCUGUGUCACCACUGACUGCCCAAUCUCCCGCUGUUGAGUGCCCUCCCUACCUACCUACCUACCUACCUAGGUACCUUCGAGGUGGGUGCUAGUUCAUGAGUACGUCUCCCCACCCUCUCAU